AUGCCUUCGUUCUACAAAACUCACAUUUUAUGUUAAAAGCUUGUUUAAUGAUCAAAAGUUGAUUGUCAUAGAGUAAUUUUAUAGAUAUCUACAGUCGACCUUUGAACUAAAGAAAGAAUUUUCCAUAAUCGUGAUUAGGUGUUUGUUGUUAGUUCUGCUUGGACUUUUAGUUUGUUCUUAGAUUUCCUUGCUCCGUUCCUUCGUAGUGAUUUGUAGAGCUGCAAAAUGUCCCUCAACAAGUUAGUGGGUGGUGAUUGUGGUGGAAAUAAUUCCCUUGUUCAGCUUUCAAGUAUUGUGAGUCGUGAUGCCUCUUUAUCGAAACCAGUGUCUCAAGCGGACAUAUUUGUUAAUGAGUUUAUGUCUCAGAACUCUCAGGGGCCUCAAACAUUCAACAUGAACACACUUUUAAAUAACAUACCAAAAGUGAACAGCAUACAAUAUAACCCUGACCAAAGCCAAGCAGUAGCAAGUAGCAUUCCUACUUGCUUAAUGCCAAGUUUAAAUACACAGUCAAAUUUACCUUGGAGCCCUGGACCAUCUACAUCAUACAUGCCACAAACAAUGAGAAGACCUUUUUUCAUGUCAAAUACACCUCAAACAUAUACUCAAUUACCAUCUAACAUUCAAAUUGAAUACCUAGAUGAGAAUGAAAUACAUAAUGUUGAUGUUAAGGCAAAAGCUCAAGAAUAUGUGGAAAGUGUUAAAGAUGAUGAACAUGCUUAUAAUGAAUUUAUGUCUUUCAUGAAGAAAAUAAGUGCUGGUGAAUUAAAUUUUACUGAAUCAGCUCCAGGAGAGCAAAAAACUAAAGAUGAAAUUUUAGAUGAAAUGUCUGAAAAAUAUAAAGAUGAAUGGGCCAAACUCAGCGAUGUGUCUGAUUUUUGGUCUUCAGAAGAAGCAAAUGGUAUUGCUAAAGAAUAUACUUUCACAGAAGGUAAUGUAAUGCUUGAGAAUAAGAGUGCUCUUGAGAUAGGCAAAGAAAAACUUAAAAUGGGAGACAUUCCUGGUGCGGUUUUAUGUUUUGAAGCAGCAGUGCAACAAAUUCCUGAUUCAGCUGAAGCAUGGUUUCUAUUAGGAACAACACAAGCUGAAAAUGAACAAGACCCUGCUGCAAUUACAGCUUUAAAGAAAUCUCUUGAAAUAGACCCUAGACAGUUAGAAGCAUAUAUUACUCUUGCAGCUGCUUAUACAAAUGAAAAUAUGCCAAAGUUUGCAUAUACAUCGUUAUUAGAUUGGUUAAAAGCUAGCCCUAAAUAUAGUGACUUAUGUCCACAAGAUAUAGAUCCAAAAAAGCUAGACUUAAAAAGUUUAGAGAAUCAUGUCAAAUCUCUAUAUUUGAGAGCUGCUCAAAUAAACCCUACUCAGAUUGAUCCUGAUGUUCAAAAUGCACUUGGAGUUGUAUUCAAUAUUAGUCAAGAAUAUGAUAAAGCUGUUGAUUGUUUCAAAACCGCUUUGAGUGUUAAAGAUGAUGAUCCAAGAUUAUGGAAUAGACUCGGUGCUACUUUAGCAAACAGCGACAGAUCUGAAGAAGCCGUUGAAGCAUAUCAUAAUGCAUUACAUUUAGAACCUGGUUUUAUUAGAGCUCGUUAUAAUGUUGGAAUAACUUGUAUGAAUUUAGGAGCUCAUAGAGAAGCAGCAGAACAUUUCUUAGUAGCUCUAAACCAACAGUUUAAAUCUAAAAGCUUACAUGCAGAUACAGUAUCUGUUGAUACUAGUUCAUCAACAAUAUGGACUACAUUAAGAAUGGUUUGCUCAUUUAUGGGGGAACAUGAGGUUGCAAAAUUUGUUGAUGAGAGAAAUUUAACUGAACUGAAUAAGUUCUUUGGAAUGAAUUAGAUGAAUCUUAAGAGAAUAAAUUUUUUUUGGUUGUAUUUUCAAUUGGGGACCAUAAACAACAAACAGGCUUGGGUAUUGAAAAUGUCAUUUAUUUCUUUGU